GAGCGCUCGGAGGAAAGCUCUCCUUGUGCUCCCCGCAGCCUUCCUCUGUCAAGAGAAGCUGGCUGGCGAAGGGGGCGGCCCGCGUUGAUUCUACCUCCUCCUCCUCCCUAACUUUUCGCCGAGUGGAAUGAUAUCCUAACUCAAUUUUGGGGUGUUGUUGUUGUUGAGAGGCAGGAAGUGAGGCACGUUCGCACUCUGAGCGCCUGAGAGGAUUAUACCGAAGGCGGCUCGCUUUAGACAGGACCUUCCUUCCUUCCCUUCCCCCUUCCCGAAGGAAUAACCCGUGAAAUGGCUUCGUCUGAAGCGCUCUCGGGGCUGCUGUCGGGAUUUUGCAGCUAAAGGAGACCACCUUUUUCUUUUGGUUGCCUUGGGUUUUCGCAACAGAAUUCUUGUGGAUGUUUCCUUUAUUCAGAAUUUGGAAGAAAACCUGCCACUUUUUAAUGGCUGCUGCCGCCGCUGCUGGAUGAUCAUCUCAAACUCUUAAUAGAAGAGAAAAUAUUUGCCUGAUGGUUUUCUGUAGCUUUUUGUGAAUGAGUGAAGGAAGAAAUGCCUCUACCUUUUGGGCUGAAGUUGAAACGAACUCGACGCUAUACAGUAUCUAGCAAGAGCUGUUUGGUAGCCCGUAUCCAUCUACUUAACAAUGAGUUUGUGGAGUUCACGCUAUCGGUGGAAAGCACUGGGCAGGAAAGUCUGGAGGCUGUGGCACAGAGACUUGAACUUCGAGAGAUUACCUAUUUUAGCCUUUGGUAUUUCAACAAGCAGAACCAGCGCAGGUGGAUAGACUUGGAUAAGCCUCUCAAAAAGCAACUGGAUAAAUAUGCAUUGGAGCCAACUGUAUUCUUUGGUGUGGUGUUUUAUGUGCCUUCUGUCUCUCAACUUCAGCAGGAAAUUACCAGAUACCAGUAUUACCUACAACUAAAGAAAGACAUCUUGGAUGGAAACAUACCUUGCACGUUUGAACAAGCAAUUCAUCUUGCUGGCUUAGCUGUUCAAGCUGAUUUUGGGGAUUAUGACCAAUAUGAAUCCCAAGAAUUUCUACAGAGAUUUGCCUUGUUUCCUGUGGGCUGGUUGCAAGAUGAGAAGAUGUUAGAAGAAGCAACUCAGAAAGUGGCAUUACUCCACCAAAAAUAUAGGGGCCUCACACCACCUGAUGCAGAGAUGUUAUAUAUGCAAGAAGUUGAGAGAAUGGAAGGUUAUGGUGAAGAGACCUACCCUGCUAAGGAUAGCCAAGGAAGUGACAUAUUCAUUGGAGCUUGUCUUGAUGGAAUUUUUGUCAAGCAUAAAAAUGGUCGACCUCCUGUAAUAUUUAGGUGGCAUGACAUUGCUAAUAUGACCCACAACAAAUCUUUUUUUGCGUUAGAAUUAGCCAAUAAAGAAGAGACAAUCCAGUUCCAAACUGAAGAUAUGGAAACAGCAAAAUAUGUGUGGAGGAUGUGUGUGGCCAGACACAAAUUUUACAGAUUAAAUAAAUGUAGCCUACAAACUCAGACUGUGACAGUGAAUCCAGUUAGAAGGCGAUCAUCAUCCAGGUUGCCUCUGCAGCCCAAACCACAGCCUUAUAUGAUGCCUCCACCACCUCAGUUACAUUACAAUGGACACUACCCAGAACCAUAUGCAUCCUCGCAAGAUAAUCUCUAUGGGACGAACCAGAAUGGCUAUUACUGCCAUUCUCAAACUAGCUUGGACAGAGCACCGCACGACUACAAUGGCAGAAUCCGCAAUGGCAGUGUCUACAGUGCUCACAGCACAAAUUCCUUGAAUAACCUGCAGCACUACAUGCAGCCAUCACCCAUGUCCUCCAACCCGAGCAUUACUGGCAGUGAUGUCCUCCAUUCAGAUUAUGUCCCAUCCCAUCGACAUAGUGCUGUAAUACCACCUUCUUAUCGUCCUACUCCAGAUUAUGAGACUGUGAUGAAGCAACUCAACCGAGGAAUGAUGAAUUCAGACAAACAGAGUCAUUCCAUGAGAAACCUCAACAUCGGCAAUUCAUACGCUUACAGUAGGCCUGAUGCCCUGGUGUACAGCCAGCCUGAAAUCCGAGAACAUGCUAACUUUGCUUUCCCCCAUUCUGGUCAUUACCCAUUUAAUCUGAAUUACAGCUUCCACAGCCAGUCCGCAUAUCCGUAUCCCGCUGAAAGGCGCUUGGUAGUUGGAGCUGUGAGCGUUCCUGAGCUAACAAAUGUUCAAUUGCAAGCCCAGGAAUAUCCGGCACCCAACAUCAUGAAGACUCAAGUAUACCGCCCUCCGCCUCCUUAUCCUUAUCCAAGACCCGCUAACAGCACACCAGAUCUAUCCAGACACUUCUACAGCAGUAAUAGCAACCCUGAUCUCAUCACCCGACGGGUCCAUCACUCCGUCCAGACGUUCCAGGAGGACAGCCUCCCUGUUGCCCAUUCCCUUCAGGAAGUGAGUGAGCCUUUGACAUCAGCCCGGCAUGCUCAGUUGCAGAAGAGAAACAGCAUUGAAAUUGCUGGCCUGGCGCACAGUUUUGAGGCCAUGAGGAUUAAAGAGAGAACCAUGUCAGCCUCAAAUGCAGAUGUGGCUCAGCCAAAGGCAAUCCCUUCUGGGUCACAGACUUCUGUAUUCCUAGAAAGAGCAAAGCAAGAAGAAAUUGAGGAGCAAGAAGACCAUGUGAAUUAUGGCCACAAGAAAUCUCUUUCAGAUGCAACUAUGCUCAUUCAUAGCAGCGAGGAAGAGGAAGAGUGUGAAGACGAAAGCAAGGCUAAUCCAGCUCUGCCAUUCAUCAAUGGAAAACCCCAGCUUCCUUCUCUCAUGGCAUGUUAUCCAACUGAAUCUUUAUUGAACUACCCUUAUAGUUCUGUUGCUUCAUCUCCUGGUCCUUUACAUAUACAUGAGCCAAAAUUGCACAUUACUGAGACUGACAAGAGGGUAAAAGAUGUGAGUCCCUCACACAUCAUGGGUGACUCUCAGGUGCUAAGGAGAGGAGAUGGACUGUUAACUCCAUCUGUGUCAGAGUCUGACUUAACCAUUUCUGCCCGGUAUAGAGUACGGAAGGAUUCCGUAAAGAAGAGACCAGUGUCUGAAUUAUUGUCAGGGAAGAAGAAUAUUGUAGAAGGGCUACCUCCUUUAGGGCAGGUCAUGAAAAAGAACAGAGCUGAAGCCAAAAAAAUAGGACCUUUGAAGUUAGCAGCUCUAAAUGGACUAACAUUAUCUCGUCUUCCUCUGCCAAGUGAGGGGAAGGAAGAAUCUCCCAGAGCAACAAAUGAUGAACGGUUUAAAGGUUUGGAACAACGGUUAGACCAAGGGAUGGUGUUUACAGAAUAUGAACGGAUUCAGAAGAAAAGGCUUGUAGAAGGCGUCUGUUCAAUAGCCUGUCUCCCAGAAAAUGCAGAAAGGAACCGAUUCCAGGAUGUGCUUCCUUAUGAUGACACCAGAGUUGAGCUAGUCCCUACUAAGGAAAAUAAUACGGGCUAUAUCAAUGCAUCACAUAUUAAGGUCUGUGUUGGGGGCAUGGAGUGGGAUUAUAUUGCAACCCAAGGUCCUUUGCAGAAUACAUGCCAAGAUUUCUGGCAGAUGGUAUGGGAGCAAGGGGUUGCCAUUAUAACCAUGGUGACAGCAGAAGAGGAAGGUGGCCGAGAGAAAAGUUUCCGAUACUGGCCACGACUUGGUUCAAGGCACAACACAGUGACCUAUGGGAGAUUCAAGAUCACCACUCGCUUCCGAACAGAUUCUGGUUGCUAUGCCACUACAGGUUUGAAAAUCAAACACCUCCUCACAGGACAAGAGAGAACAGUUUGGCAUCUUCAGUAUACUGACUGGCCAGAGCAUGGCUGCCCAGAAGACACAAAAGGGUUUCUGUCAUACUUGGAAGAGAUACAGUCAGUACGGCGUCAUACCAACAGUACCGCAGACCCUGCAAUUCCCAAUCCCCCUCUACUGGUCCACUGCAGUGCUGGUGUAGGAAGAACUGGAGUGGUCAUCCUAUCAGAGAUCAUGAUUGCCUGUUUGGAGCACAAUGAGGCACUGGAUAUCCCAAGAAUGCUAGAAAUGCUGAGGCAACAAAGGAUGAUGAUGGUGCAAACCCUAAGCCAAUACACAUUUGUCUACGGAGUUCUCAUCCAAUUUCUUAAGAGUUCGAGGCUUAUAUAGGUUUUCUCCACUCAAGCUUCAAAAGUCUACUUCUUUGCAAGAGUUUACAAAAGCAGAAGUUUGCCUUCCAGGACUACAUGAAGUUUGAAAAUUCUGUAUGCAACUGGACAUUGCUUUGGCAGAGUUCACGUUGAAGCAGAAAAGAAUGUGUGUGUGAGGGGGGGAGUGGUUUGAAAUGGGAAUGAUUCAUUGUGUUCUUCCGGUGAAACUGUAUUCACGGUAGGCAUACAACUGCUGAUCCUAGGAAGGCAUUACUGCGCCGUACUGAAAAUUGUGGUGGUCACAUUUUUAUGAAUGGAAAGCUAUACUGAUGUCUACUUGUAGCCUGUGGUGAAAGAAGUGUGCCCUGCCUAUUCAGUAGUCAUAAAUGGCAUCAUUGUGCUUGAGUUUUUAAUUUCAAUCCGUGUGUGUGAAUGUGUGUGUGUGUGUGUGUGUGUGUGUGUGUUGAUUUUUAUAUUGCAACCAGCAUCACCAACAAGCCAUUAAAGGAAGCACUUAAGACAGAGAGUGUUAUGCUGUUUUGUUUUGUUUUUUUGCCAGACGUAGGGCACUUGUCUAGAAACUGCAGGUUACAGACAGCACGCAAUAAAAGAAAUUGAGUAUUUGGUUUAAGAUUUGUAAGGAGAAAAGAGUUAAAUGGAAGAUAGUAAUGGCUGGUAAAGUUUGUGGUAUAUUAAACAAGUAGUUGGCAAAUCUUUGAAGGGAAAAGAAAGAAAAUGAAAAGGGAAAAAUGAAGACAAAAUUUACAGCUGCUGCUGUGUUAUCCCCCAGGAGGAAAUGAUUGUUGGGUCACGUCACAUUCUAAGUCAAAAAAGUGCAGUAAAAGAAAAAGGUUAUCCUAGGAAAUCCUAUGUAGCUCCUCAAAACUUCAGAAAGUAAUUAUUAAUGAAGUGGAGCUCCAGAAUGAUUUAUUUAAGGAACAGUUUGUUACUUCUGGUUGAAAUCAAGUUGAACACAGAUGAAUAUUUAAACACUUGUUUAAAUAUUUUAUUUAUCUAGAGAAACAAUAUGUUUAUCUGCUUAUCCUGCAAAUUUCAUUUUAGGAGAAGGUAUUGAAUGUGGAGCGAAUACAACAGAAUUUGAUUUAAAGUGGAAUGUGGCUAUUGGUCUGCAUAAUUUAGCAAAGUGGCGGUAAAAUUGCCUUUGCUAAUAAUUCCCUAUCAAGAAAGAAAAAGAAAAGAAAAGGGAUAAAUGUUUUUUUAGAGUCACCAAAUUUAUUUCUCUUUUCCUCUGGAUAACAUCUCCAAAGCAGCCUCUCCAAUAACAUUAUGCUAACAUUAGAAAGUCUGCAUGCUUCUUAAAGCAGAAAUGACUGAUAGAAAGUGUAUAUAUGAAAAACACAAAAAGUUAUGUAUUUUCUACUAGACUGUAUAUAGUGUGCCAAAGAGAAUGGAAGGGAGGGAAGGAUGGAUGCAUGUAUGAAUGCUUCAGGCAGUUGUACAACACAGUUAAGCAUAGUAUGAUACUUUGAACAACAUGUAAGCUAUUUCUUUAAAGCUGUACUAUUUGUUUUUUUGAGAUUAUUGAAUUUUGUUAAGCCAGAAGUCAAACUGAUCUCCGUUUGUGGUGCAGACUCUAAGAAACAUUUCUUUUAAACUUUAGUCAUAUCUGUUCUUGCAUUAUACAUUCUCCGGCUGAGAUGUCAAAAGGUGUUUCUGUGAUGCUUAGAUUUGAUUGAUCUUCAGGGCAAAAAGAACAAACAGAAAAAUCAGAUGGGUUGGUACCAAUGGAUGCUAAUUUCCAGUGUGCAGUCUCGAUGUUCCUUGUUUUUUCACCACUUGGGAGCUGUGUGUAUGAACCAGUUUUCCAUGCAAUUUUUUCCAGGUGAUAUUAGCAGUUUUUGAAAAUGAUCCAUUUAAGAUGUUGGCUUUUUCUUAUCUUCUUUGAUCCAGCAUUUAAUUUUGAAAACACUAUCUUCUUCAAAAGAGGUUUUCAGAAAGUUAGAUAUCCGGCAUGAACUUUUGAUGGCAGGAGGGGGCCAUGCAUUAGGGAGGGCCGAAGAUAAAUUUGGAAGCGUUGGUAGCUACCAUAUUGUACAAUAAUUUGCAAAAUGAUGUUCCUAAAGCAUUCACUUUAACUUUUGAAAUGGAAUAUGGCAGUCCAAGUCUAUAAAGGUGUCCAAAUAGUUUUUGAAAAUUCAAAUUUUAAUUUGUAAGGCUUGGUUGAAUUCUAUCUUUUGGUUCUCUGACGUUCUGUGAAAAAAUAUUCAGUAUAAGUUUUCUGCAUAAUGAAACUGUUUGCUAUUUAUUUGGGCCUGGCUUGUGCAGCAUAAGGUAGAAAGGGAGAAGUGGAAUUUUAAUAUUAUGGAUGAAGUAUUUAUGAAGUGAGUUGAAACAGCAGCAGGUCUGAGAGCUCAAGGAUUCUGCUCUUGUCUGUUUCUCUUGUGGGAUGUCUUCUAACUAACAGUUAUACACUUGGUAGGGGUGGGGUGCAAGAAAGAAUAAAAUGAUUUCUCUGUUCUGCGCUUGAAUGGCCUUAAUUAGCAUGCAUUAUGGAGCAAAAUGAACUGCAAAGUGAAGUCAUCCUCCAAACGUCUAAAUUAUAUGCAUUUUGCUAACUUCCAUGUGAACAGUGAUAGACUGUUGCAAGCAACAUGAUUUAUAUGGUUGCCUUGCUGUCUGUGAUUGUAUGUGGUUUGUAGUUCUUAAAGCUAAGCUCAAAAUCAGAUUUAUAAGCUAUGACACUUCCAAGCAAACAUCUUAGAGGACCUACUCCAGUGCAGUGAAGGAGAGAGUGAAAAAAAUCUCAGUGGCACAAUAUUGUACUGUCCAACGUAGGUACAAUCCAGAGAACUAUAGGGAAUUACUUCUUUCUUUGUGAAGCCUACUCUUUUCCUUCCUAAUCUGCAAAAUAGAAUUUGUGGGUCAAAUUACUGCAGAUAAACUCUAACAUUACUAUGAGCAGGAGGGGAAAUAUUUUGAACAAUGUAAAAGACUGGAAAGAGAGAAGAAUGCUCUCUGAGUUGAGGCUCUUGUUGCUACAAUACUGUAGGGACCAGUUUCUUUGCCUUUCUCUUGCCUUUUGGGGAUAUUAACUUCUUUCCAACUCAAUUGUUGCUCUAUUCUGAAUGUAUCCUUUGGGCAUAAUUUUCUUUAAACUGCAUUUUAUGUUUUGAACAAACUACUAAAUGAACUAGUAUGUUGUUUGGCCAAAAUCACUGUUGACAUGAUUCUGUGUUAUGCAAUGAAGCAAGUGCCACUGUGAUUUCUUCUUCUUCAAAGAAGUUCCAAGGUGCUAAAUAAAAUAACAUUUGCUUUAACAUAGAUGAAACAAACCACAUAGUUGUGGUUAGUGCAUUAUAAUGCAUGUCUUUUUAAAAUUCCACUAUAUUUUGUCUUCAUUUUUUGAGCACAGAUCAAGAAAUUAUGCCUAAAUAUAUAUUGAGAGAGGUUAUGUACCAUUUUAUUUUAUUGGAACCACCUUUAAACAUAUGAAGAGCGUUUAAAACAAUCUAAAAUGAACUUCCAGGUUCCAGAAUAAAAAUGAGCAAUUAGGUUCGCUAAAAUAUGUUCCUAUUAAAUCUUCAUAAAAGCUACAAAAAUAACCAAAUCUGGUCAUACUUUUUUUUACAGACAAAACAUCAACAAUGUCAAACUUUCUUUGUGAUGCUGUUUUCUUGUAUUCAUCAUGGACCCAAAACAUGUCCGACCUCAUUUGUUGAAUUACUGUGAGACAAUUUGCAUUCAUAGGCUACUACCGUGGAAUUUAUUUUGAAUUAUUCAGUUCUGUGCUUUGUUUCUGCCAAGAAACUACUUGGGCAAGAUAAAUGAGAGCCAGUUUGGUCUAGUGGUUAAGAUAACAGGUUAGAAACCAGGAGACUGAGUUCUAGCUUUGCCUUAGGUAUGAAAUUUGGCUGGGUGACUGUGGCCCAGUCACUCACUCUCAGCCCAGCCCACCUCACAGGGUUAUUAUAGGGAAAAUAUGAGGAAGAAGUGUUACGUAUGUUCCGUUUUAUUUAUAAAAACAAUAAAGGCAGGUUUUAAAAAAAUCUAAAUGAAGAGUGCUGCACAUUCCCACGCCAGUAGAGUCCUUCCAAGGGAUUGAAAAGCACUUGUUGGGGGGGGGGGGGAACUGAAGUACAUCAUAAACAUAAUUCAUUUGUGUCCUACCAUACUAAAGAGACCUGAGUUUAAGUCCAAGAAAACAGCUCCCAUGCUGCUCUUCUAAUGUAUGAAGAUGUAGAGCUUGAAGUUAGUUUGGGGCAAAAGAAUUGAUAUUGCAUGGUGGUGUAUCUUGAAACAGAUGCCGCAACAUCCCACUAGCCUUAAGCAGUUAAAUCUAUGCAAGGGAAAGACAAUGGUUUUUACACAAUUUCUCGCCUUCUUUUUUACGUCAGUAUACAAGGAUUUUUGCAGUAUCUUCCUUAGCGGCUCUCAAAAUUGAAGUAUUAUUUUUUAAUGUCAAGCUAAAGUGUUUUCUACACAUAAGAUCUGCUUUGUCUCUAUCAAGUGUAAAAAUGUAUAAUUGAUGCAGCUUUAAAUCAUGUACAAUUGAGAUGGGUUUUUAAAACAAUGUGCAGAUUAUAUUUGAUAGAAAGGGUUGUUUUUCUUUGAUAUGUAAUAUAUGUGAAAUGAAUUAUAUUAUAGUCUAUUUUUGCCAUGAAAAUAAAUAUUCAAAGCGCUUCAAA